AUGGCUGGCAUACCUCCUAGGCCUGUGGAUGUGUCAUUUUCAAGGAACUAUGUUAUCACUUGGGCUUUUGAUCAUAUCAAGCAAAUUGAUGGUGGAAAACAGGUCGACCUUGUUUUAGAUAAAUCCAUAGGGAUUGGAUUUAAAAGCAAGGGGGAAUAUUUGUUUGGACACUUUAGUAUGACUAUCAAGAUGGUUCCAGGGGACUCUGUAGGGGUUGUAACUGCCUUUUCUGUGCAACUAUCUUCACAAAACUUAGAGCAUGAUGAUAUAAACUUUGAGUUCUUAGGAAACACGACUAUGCAACCCUACAUUCUCCAAACCAAUUUGUUCAGUGAAAGAAAAAGCAAUAGAGAACAACACAUAUACCUCUAG